UAGCUCAUUGGCCAAACGUCACACUGGUGUCUGUUGUUUAUAGCUCGUUAUACUCUGAAAUGUUCCUCUUUAAGAUAGAAGUAGUGGCAGCAUCCGGGACAUGUUUGUGAACAUGGCUGUCGCAGAGAAAACGUGGCGUACGUCCUGUCUCUACUCGCUGUUGUUUACAUAGCUUUUCCUGUCGUACCAGUUUCCGCUCUUUAGCAUCCCCCAUCCUUCAGCAGAGAUGUGCAGGGAGGGGGACGAGGUGCAGGACGACUGCGGCUCCCGGGAGGAGUGGACCCUCCUCUUCUGGACCUCUGUGGCCGUCAUCGUCCCGGUCAUCAUCACCCUGUGGUGCAGCGCGCAGCGCUCCAAGCGGAAAACGCACAUGAAGGAUUUCUUCCGCAAGAGCAAGCACGGCUGGCACUACACAGACCUGUUCAACAAGCCCACCUACUGCUGCGUCUGCUCCCAGCACAUCCUCCAAGGGGCUUUCUGCGACUGCUGCGGCGUGUGCGCCGACGACCUGUGCCUCCGCCGGGCGGACCGGAGCCUGUCGUGCAAGGAGAUCAUGGCCCCCUCCUCCGGUCCUGACGGGGGCAUGGAGCACCGCUGGGUCCGCGGUAAUGUCCCCCUAGCUAGCUACUGUACAGUGUGCAAACAGCAGUGUGGGACCCAGCCGAAGCUCUGUGACUUCAGGUGUGUGUGGUGUCAGACCACGGUGCACGAUGACUGCUUGGAGAGCCUGGACGACGCAGAGCAGUGUGAGCUGGGCGAGUUCCACAGCCUCAUCAUCCCUCCUCACUACCUCUACCACGUCAACAAGCUCCGCCGCCGCCAACCGGAUGAGUACAGCAAGCUGGCCUCUUCCUGUGGGAGUGGCUGGACUCCAGUCUUGGUCUUGGCAAACACACGCAGUGGGAACAACAUGGGAGAGGCUCUGCUGGGAGAAUUUCGCACUCUUCUGAAUCCAGUGCAGGUGUUUGACCUGUCUGAACUGACUCCCUCCAAAGCCCUCCAGCUGUGCACCCUACUGCCCCCCGGCAGUGUCAGGGUGAUUGUGUGUGGUGGUGACGGCACAGUGGGCUGGGUGCUGGACGCCAUUGAUACUAUGAAGCUUAAGGGCCAAGACCAGUUUAUGCCAAGAGUGACCAUCCUGCCCCUGGGGACAGGAAAUGACCUUUCCAACACUUUAGGCUGGGGUGCCGGGUAUGCUGGAGAGAUCCCUGUGGAACAGGUUCUCCGUAACAUCCUCGAUGCUGAGGUGGUCAAAAUGGACAGGUGGAAAGUGCAGGUGGCUUCAAAAGGCCUCUACUUUCGCAAGCCAAAGGUGCUGUCCAUGAACAAUUACUUCUCUGUGGGGCCUGACGCUCUGAUGGCGCUCAACUUUCACACACACCGCGAGAAAACCCCCUCCUUCUUCUCCAGCCGCAUCAUCAACAAGGCCGUGUAUUUCCUGUAUGGAACCAAAGAUUGUUUAGUGCAGGAAUGUAAGGAUCUGGAUAAGAGGAUUGAGCUGGAGCUGGAUGGGGAGAGAGUUCAGCUACCCAGUCUGGAGGGCAUCAUCGUCUGCAACAUUGGCUACUGGGGUGGAGGCUGCAGACUCUGGGAUGGUAUGGGGGAUGAACCCUGCCCACCCACAAGGCUGGAUGAUGGUCUACUGGAGGUGAUGGGUGUGUUUGGCUCCUUCCACUGUGCUCAGAUCCAGGUCAAGCUGGCCAAUCCCGUACGGCUGGGACAGGCUCACACUGUCAGGCUGGUUCUCAAGAGCUCCAAGAUGCCCAUGCAGGUAGAUGGCGAGCCAUGGGCCCAGGGCCCCUGCACCAUCACCAUCACCCAUAAGACCCAGGCCCUUAUGCUGUACCACAGCGCCGAGCAGACAGACGACGACGACGAAGACGACGACGAAUCAAGCGCCUCUGAGACGGAGAGCCCCACCCCACACGACUCCCCGCGUCCCCCUGUGCCAGCCUCCGUCCGUGCAUGAUCCGCACACCAAAUGUCACGCAAUCUGAAGCUCUAUUUAACCCUCGUGUUCUUUUUCUGAAGCCCAGUUUUUUAUUUACCCCUCCUUUGCACUGGCACUGGUUCGCCCUCCUCUGAGGUCUUUGCAUGGGCUCAAUACAAAGAUCUCAGAGGAGAUUCUCGUAUAAUCAUUUGUUCUCAGAGAACUCUGAGCUGUUAGCACAGUUGGUUUGGAAUAAGGCUGGUGUGAUCUGCUUUUUUGGUAUUUUUUGUCCACCAUGUAUUGUAACCCACAGCUCAGGCAGUCCCCUCUCCACAGCUGGUCAGGAGGAGGUGAAUGUUUAAGAGAAAGACUGUGAUCCUUGGUGCCAGAGAUAUCUAUAUUCAGCUAUACUGUAUUUAUUACACAUGCCCAGUGCAACCCUGCAGGGAUCAGUUAGCCAUUUUUAAACACGUUGCCCAAAGUCAGUAGACUGAAACACUUUAAAGCCAUGUCUGAAUAAACAGCAGGGGGAUGAAGAGGCGAUGCAGAAAACAGUGCUGAAUGUAAAAGUGUAGAUUUGGCUUAAGCAGUAUGCUAUGCUUUACUAUCUGUUAGUGUGUUGUUGUUUUUUUUUACUCCAAUAAUAGCACAAACAAACAGCACACACCUUUUCUGAAUAAUAUAGGAGCGCUUUAGUGACUCCAGGCGAUGAAAUGUUUAACUGUACAGAGGAUGUGGUCGAUUCCCCCUUACAGGCUUCUGAACAUUUUGAAGUAUCUGCUGCUUUUUCUCACCUCAUGAUUUAAGUCUUUGUGAAGAAAGGGUUCUGUUACAACAAUGUGUUGUCAAUCACUGGACAUUGAUGCUGAUUUGUGACCUUCAUGAUGCACUGUCUCGAGGAGCUCGCCAAAGUGUUAAGUCGUACUAAGAUGCAGUCGAGAAAAACGAUAUUUACCUUUCCUGUAAAACUCACAGGAAACAAGCUAACUUGUUCAUUUUUAAAGUACUUCCAAGUAAUUCAGAGGACUUAUUUCGCCUUUUGUUUUCCCUCUGUUUACCUGGUUCCUGCUGUUUACACAUUUUGUUCUACACUGUUUUGACACUUACACUGAUGCUUACAAUGCUUAGGACGUAGGACAUGCACGCUCAUCAUGUUGACCUUUAAAGUUGCUGCAGACAGUGAUAACUGCGGAUGAGAUUACGCUCUCCCUCUCAUGUUGUUUUAUGUUAUUAAAGUACUCUUCAUGUAUUUUCAAAUGUUUUGUUUUGCCAAAUGGUCACCACAAGGUGGCGGACUAGAGCAGUAUUUUGUUUUGUCUACAACAUGUAGAGUUGAUCAUCCACUAAACAAACAGGUUAAUAGGGCGUGUGAUUGAAUGUGUUGUGUUCAGGUGACAUUGAAGUGUUUCUUGAUUGCGUCAGAUUUGCACACGGUCAGUUUCCUGUCUCUCUGUCAUGUAGUGUCUUUUUCUAUGUGUCUUCUUUUACCUUUUGGGGUGGUCCUGUGUAUUUCAGAAUGGUUGCUUGGUGCCAACAGCCAUAUCAGGAAAGUCUUAAGAAUGUCAGUUUGUGCUUUCAAUGUGUGUUGCGCAUAGUAAGGCUCAACAGGGAUCUGUUUUUUUAGCCGUGUGAUGCCUAUGCUUUUGGAAUACGCAGUUCACCAAGCCGCAUGGUUUCAUUAUCCUCCAUUUGUUUAGUGAAUGUCUUCAAACUAAGUGACGCUGGGUCUGAUCUUUACCUGAUCUUCCAUGUUUACCACAGUUGCUUGUUUAUUGCACUCUAUUUUAUUGCCUCAUUUCAUAAUGAGCUACCUCUGUAACUACUGGAUAUUUAGCAUCCCCCCCCAAGAGUGAUUUUGUUAAUCCUGAUAAAUUGAUGUAGCGUCAAAGCUUAACAUCAAAUUUGUGCGGACUGAAUUUAAAAAUCCUGAAUGAGUUUUUUGGUGCUGGCAUACGUGGCUAUCACUGUGAGAAGGUCACAGGUUUUGCUUUGACAGAUACAUUCAAAUUCUAGAGCUAAAAACCUGAUGAAUGCAGCUUUGAUCUGAUGACAGUGGACAAUGUACAGCCACUAACUGCACAGAGCUUAAUGAUUUUCAUUUAUGUAACAUAACCUCUUUUUUUUUAUUCAGGCACUACCUUUACAUUUUGUGUGUCCACUACUGAUAAGAAUGUAAAAACAGAAAAAUAAUCCAACAUUUUUUCCCUGGCCUGUAAUUACAUUUCCAACUCAGCUGGUUGUCAGUGUGGCUGACCACUCUGUAACUUGUUUUAUGGUUGACGUUGAAGGGACCUGACUGUGCUAAUGUUUUGACUGGCUCAGUUUAAUGACUGAGUCUUGGUAGAUAUGAAACAGCGUUAAUGUAAACUGAAUUUGACACCCGUAUCACCCCUUUGUCUGCUACAAAAUGCUUUCAUUAUCAAUAUUUGAAUAUGCUUACCUCUGUGCUGUUAAGUUUUAGUUUGAAAAAAAACCUUUAAGGCUGAUAGGAGUGUGCAGAAAGAAAAAGGACACGAUACGGUCUGAAGAGGAAGCCUUAUGUUGUCUUUGCUGAAGAGUAAAUACAAAUAAAACUGUAUGAGGAAAAUGAGCUCUUGUAAUGAACAAUCAUGUUCUAAUGGCAGGGAAGACUGCUUUGCAAAGUUGUUGCUAACGGCAACAACAAAAAAAACCAAGAUUGAGCUGAAUGUAAAGUGAUUUUUCGAAUUUGAAGACAUUCCCAUAAAUAUUUUAUAUACAAACCA